UGUGCAUUUUUACUUUAUUGUAGCUUUACCACUCCUGAAGGCCCUAAGCCCCGUACUAGAUGUUCAGACUGGGCAGGUGCAGUUGAAGAAGAUGAAAUGAGGACCAGAGUUAACAAAGAAAUUGCAAGAUAUAAAAGAAAACUCCUCAUCAAUGACUUUGGGAGAGAGAGAAGAUCAUCAUCAGGAAGUUCUGAUUCAAAGGAGUCCACAUCUGCAGUGCCGGCUGAUGUUGAGACAGAUGAGUGUGUCUUGAUGAGAAGACAGAAGCAAAUCAACUAUGGAAAAAACACAAUUGCCUAUGAUCGCUAUAUUAAAGAGGUCCCCAGACACCUUCGACAACCUGGUGUCCAUCCUAAGACUCCCAACAAAUUUAAGAAGUAUUCCCGGCGGUCUUGGGAUCAGCAGAUCAAACUCUGGAAGGUGGCACUGCAUUUUUGGGACCCUCCAGCUGAAGAAGGAUGUGAUUUGCAAGACAUACACCCUGUAGACCUCGGAGAAAUGGAGACAGAAUCCAUAGAAAGCAGCUCUGAAUCCCAAACAAGCUCACAGGAUAACUUUGAUGUGUAUUCUGGCACACCUACCAAAGUUAGACAUCUGGACUGUCAAGUGGAGGAUGAAUUUGAUUUGGAAGCUUGUUUAACUGAACCCUUGAAAGAAUUCUCAGCCAUGAGCUAACUGCCAUCUGGCCGCCACCAUGAGAAAGUUUCCUCCCCUGGCCAGGUCAAGGCUGGAGAAGCAUGUGCUGUGCAUUUGUACUUAAUGGUCUGUUAAUAGUUCAUUAUCUCAUGAUCACUUGUUAUUUUUGCCUUAUUUUUUAAAGAAAUGUUAAUUUUUAUUUAUAGUAUGUUUUGCAUGUUUUAAAUUGUAAAGGGAGUUAAAGCCAAGGAGAAUCGAACCAGGAACUAAUAUUGCAACAAAUCUAAUGCUAAUGUCCAAGUCAGACUGCCAAGCGUACUUCAUCUGGUUUCCUUAAGUGUCUUAGAUUUCAAGUUGCCUGUUGUCAUAUGGGUUGCUUGCUGAUUCAACCAUGUAUUCAUGGGACCGGUCUGGAGUCAGUUUCUUUUACAGGUAUCUGACAAUUCUGAGUCAGACAGUUACAGUGAUUUUGAAGACUAUUUUCUGGCCUUGUAAUCCUGCCCCCCCCUACAGAGCUCUGAAAAGUCAGUUAAAUCGAAUUGUUAAAUUAGUGGGUUUUAUAUUAGCUAUGCAGUCUUAAUUUGGAACUUGUAAAUAGUUUCAAGAUCUUAAUAUCAAGAGUUAAGGCAUUUAGAACAUAUUUAGAACGUAUUUCAUAAGACAAGUUAAUUUACCAUGUAAAAUUGCUGUAAAUGAUAAUGUGUAUAGAUUUUCUGUUCAGGUAUUCAAUUGUAAACUUGUCAAAACUUGCAUUUCUAUUGCUUUUGUAUGGAAUGAUGUUGAAAAAAAUAAAAAGCACCUUCUGUAA